AAUAAACAAAGUAUACAGGUAAUAAAACCAUAAAAUCAUAAAACACUUAAAAUGCACAAAUGACUUAGCUAAGAUAAUUAACGAUGUUUGUUAGUUAUUUUGUCAAUUUAAGCGCCAUCUGUUGAGAAAAUGGAGCGUCAGAUGGGAUAGGAUCAUGAAAGUGGCGGGUUCGGGAUCCAACGGUCGACCGGUACCCCGUUUGCCUCGCGGGCUCCUUCACGGUCAUCACGUCACUCUCUCGCUCCCUCUCUCUCGCGCUCCUCCAGAGACCACGGCGAGGCUCGAGGGGUAGAGUUACAGCGGGGGGAGGGGGUCGAGAGACACACACAAAGAGAAGGAGAGAGAGAGAGAGAGAGAGAGAGAGAGAGGCUCGCGUGCCUGUGUGAGCAGCGGAGGGAGGUAGGAGCUUAAGCUAAAGCUAACUAGCCAUGUUGCUGUCGCCGCUGCUGCUGCUCCUCCCGCUGCUGCUGGUGGUGUGUGUCUGCUAGCGGGCCGCCCUGGACUCCAUAUCCGCCCUGAGGUGCAUCAUGCCCGGCUGGAAGAAGAACAUCCCGGCCUGUCUCCAACCGGACCAGGAAGGAGAUGAGGGGCCGUACACCAAACACUCCGCCGGGCCUCGACCUCCAGAUGGAGCGCUGGCCAUCAGGAGGCAGAGCAUACCAGAUGAGUUUCGGGGCUGCUCGGUGGUGGAGUUGAUGAAGAAGGAGGGGACGACACUCGGUCUGACAGUUUCAGGCGGCAUCGACAAGGAUGGGAAGCCCCGGGUUUCAAACCUGCGACAGGGAGGCAUCGCCGCCAGGAGCGACCAGCUGAACGUGGGCGACUACAUCCGCUCCGUUAACGGCAUCAACCUGGCCAAGUUCAGACACGAUGAGAUCAUCAGUCUGCUGAAGAACGUCGGGGAGCGAGUCGUACUGGAGGUCGAGUACGAGCUGCCGCCUGUCUCAGUGCAGGGGUCAGGGGUCAUGUUUAAGAACGUGGAAGUCACGCUUCACAAAGAAGGAAACAGCUUCGGCUUCGUUAUCAGAGGUGGGGCCCAUGAAGACAGGAACAAGUCUCGCCCCAUCGUCAUAACAACCAUCAGGCCGGGUGGUCCGGCUGAGAGAGAAGGAACCGUGAAGCCGGGCGAUCGGUUGCUAAGCAUCGAUGGGAUUCGUCUCCACGGCAGCACCCUAUCAGAGGCCAUGAGCAUCCUGAAGCAGUGCGGGCAGGAAGCCACGCUGCUGAUCGAGUACGACGUCUCAGUGAUGGACUCGGUUGCCACGGCGUCGGGGCCGCUGCUGGUGGAGGUUGCCAAGGCGACUGGCUCCAGCCUGGGCGUUGCUCUGUCCACCUCCAUGUUCUGCAGCAAGCAGGUCAUCAUCAUCGACAAGGUCAAACCAGCCAGCAUAGCAGACAGGUGUGGCGCCCUUCAUGCAGGAGAUCACAUCCUGUCUGUUGAUGGAAAGUCGAUGGAGUUUUGUUCUCUGGCUGAAGCCACUCAGCUGCUCUCUGCUUCCUGUCAGACCGUCCGCAUGGAGAUCCUGCCGCAACACCAGGCCCGACCGGCCCUGAACGCACCACAGCACGUCAAGGUGCAGCGUAGUCCCCGCCCCCUCCCCUGGGAGACCGGAAGCUCCACCCCCAUCCUCCCCCCUUACCACUACAACACGUACCACCCUGACCAAUCAGGUGCCAGAUCGCACAACCGCCAUACAAACAACCCUCCUCUCAGCCACUCGUUCUCUCCAGGCUCCAUGUCGGCCUAUAGUCUCUCGUCCCUCAACAUGAGCACUCUGCCCAGGAACAUGUAUCCCACGAGUCCACGGGGCACGCUGAUGAGGAGGAAGGCGAAGAAGAAGGACUUCAAGAGCUCCUUGUCUCUUGCGUCCAGCACCGUGGGUCUCGCCGGUCAGGUCGUUCACACGGAAACCACAGAGGUGAUGUUGCUCGGCGACGGCAUCAUGGGGUUCGGACUGCAGCUGCAGGGCGGAGUCUUCGCCACGGAAACGCUCUCCUCACCGCCGCUCAUCGCUUACAUCGACCCCGACAGCCCAGCUGAGAGGUGUGGUAUCCUGCAGAUCGGUGACAGGAUUUUAUCCAUAAAUGGAGUUCCUACUGAAGACUCCACUCUGGAAGAAACCAAUCAGCUGCUCAGAGACUCGUCCAUCACCGCUCAGCUCACACUGGAGAUCGAGUUCGACGUGGCCGAGUCGGUUAUUCCCAGUUCAGGAACGUUCCACGUGAAGCUCCCGAAGAAACCGGGAGUGGAGCUGGGAAUCACCAUCAGCUCUCCGUCCAACAGGAAACCAGGUGAUCCUCUGAUCAUCUCUGACAUCAAGAAGGGCAGCGUUGCACACAGGACGGGAACGUUGGAGCUUGGAGACAAGCUGCUGGCUAUCGAUAACAUCCGAGUGGAGAACUGCUCCAUGGAGGAGGCCGUUCAGAUCCUCCAGCAGUGCGAGGAGCUGGUCAAACUGAAGAUCCGCAAAGACGAAGACAACUCUGAUGAGCAGGAGGUGUCUGGCAGCAUCAUCUACACGGUGGAGCUGCAGCGGUACGGAGGCCCGCUGGGAAUCACCAUCUCAGGCACCGAGGAGCCCUUUGACCCCAUCAUCAUCUCCUCGCUGAGCAAGGGCGGGCUGGCUGAGAGGACCGGUGCGAUCCAUGUAGGUGAUCGUAUCCUGGCGAUCAACAGCAGCAGUCUGAAGGGGAAACCUCUGAGUGAAGCCAUCAGUCUGCUGCAGCAGGCCGGAGAGACGGUGACACUGAAGAUCAAGAAGCAGGGAGAGCUGUCAAGCCCGAAGUCCUGCGUGAUUGGCUCAGGGCUGGGGGCGGGGCUUAGCCAGGAGAACCAGGACGGCGAGGAGGAGCCUGUUGUCAUGGUUGCACCGCCGUCAAGCCAGAGACUGUUCAGCACGCUGCCGUCCGUCGACAGCGCCGUGGAGUCCUGGGACGGAUCCAACAUGGACAGCAGCUUCACCAGCCCGGCUCCACCAUUUCAGUCGUCAGUGUACAGCUUCCAUGAGUGGCGCAACGCCAAGACAACCAACAGCCAAUCAUCUUCCUCCACUCGCCAGAGAGCCAAUCCGCUGUCAGAUCUGGGUCUGAGCGACGAUGACUGGGACCGCCCACCACUCGGAGGGUUCACUGUGGGGCAUGACGGGACAGAACCGGACCAGGAGGAGAACUUCUGGUCUCAGGCUCUGGAGGAUCUGGAGACCUGUGGCCAGAGCGGCAUCCUCAGAGAGCUGGAGGCAACCAUCAUGUCAGGUUCCACCCUCAGUCUGAACCAUGACCCCACCCCCCUGCGCAGCACACUGGGACGCCAGGCGAGCUUCCAGGAACGCAGCAGCUCCAGACCAACGGUGACUCCUCGGUCAAACACCUUGCCCUCUGACCCUCAGCGCCGAGCCUUUGCCAUGAGGAAGAUGAGGCAGGAAGUCAACGAGAUCCUGAACCAAAACCCUGUGGAACUGCACAAGCUGACUCUAGAGAAGGCCUCGGAUCUCGAGGAUUUCGGCUUCAGCGUUUCUGACGGUAUGUUGGACCGCGGCGUCUACGUUAAUAACAUCCGACCAGGUGGACCGGCGGAGCAGGGCGGCCUCAGAGCCUACGACCGAAUACUUCAGAUAAACCACGUCCGGACGAGGGACUUUGACUGCUGCCUCGUCGUUCCUCUGAUCGCUGAGUCUUCAAACCACUUGGAGCUUGUCAUCAGCCGAAACCCCGCCUCCUCUGCCGCCAGCCUGCUGGCCAAUCACACGGACGGCACCACCAACAGCAGCCACUCUCCUCAGACAAUCGGCAGCGAGCUGGGACCGUCGGAGCUCCCCAUUGGCCAGGGGGAGGACGGUGGUCCAAUCAAGUGGAGCCAACCGGGUGAAGGGCUGGGGGCGGGGCUUGUGAAUAAUAAAUCCUUAUAGCAGAGAAAAAAUGGAUCAAACUGGAUUAAACUGGUAACCAGACUGAACUGGAGAGGUCAGCGAGGAGAACAGUAUAACAAAGCUGACUUAAACUGGUUUAGACCCGUCCAAACUGGUUCAGAGUGGACCCCCACAUGGUGCUACACACACCUUCUGGAUGAACUUUGACCCUUGACCACUAAAGUUUGACCCUUGAACUGCUAAAGCAGCCUGAAAGCACACUGAUGGACCCGAGCAAUGAACCAGUUCUGCACACUGGUCCAACUGGUCUCACUGGAACCAGAACUAUAACUACUGAUCCUAACUGGAACCACAGCCAGAGCCGCCAGGCUUACUGGUCCAAGAUUAAUGGUUACUGGUUCUACAAACCUAGAACCAUGGCUACUGGUCCAACUGGAACUAGAGCCAAUUGUCUUACUGGUCCAAGACACAUUGGUUCUGGUCUUAGUGGUAACAGAACCAUGGCUACUGGUCCUACUGAAGCCAGAGCCGCAGCCAAUAGUCUUACUGGUUCUGGUUCAUGGUCUUGGAGAACCACAGGUACUGAGCCGGAGCUAUGACCGCUGCUUCUAUGAGUCCAGAACCUUGGCUCCUGGUCCAUCUGGUCUCACUAGAACCAGAACCAUUGGCCACUGGUUCAACUGGCCAAGAACCACAGCAGCACAAAGACUGAUGGGACUGAUCCAGUCCAGAAUCCAGAACCUGCUGAUGGACUGACAGGUUGCCAAGGAGACAAGGGAUGAUCCGAUCAGAAUGUUUAGGGCUGAUGUCAUUAGGAUCAAACACUGAUCGACUUCUUUUUCGCUUUUUACACAAAGAAACCCUCAAAACUUGGCUUUAUGUCCAAGUCCUGGUCUUGUAGCAGUGGUGCUGCCCCAUGUUUGUUGCAUUUCCAGAGAAUUUUUGAAGCAAAGUUAUGGUCGGGUUCAGGUUUUAGAUUAAACAGUCCCUCCAGGAGUUUUUUGUGAUUAUUGUGGCCAAAAACACUGGAUUUUGCAGCGACUUUUCUCAAAAAUUGCGAUAUGUUUUAUGUGCUCUUUUUGUGAUAAAAUUGUGGGAAUUGGGAAAAAAUCCAAGCAAAGGAAAAUAAUGUAAUUUAAAAAGAAUAUUACCAAUGAAGAGUAAAAAAAACAAUGCCUUUUCAAUGCGCUAGUUUGAGAAAUAUUGAAAAAAAUUAACAUUUUUCUCCAAAACACUACACAAAAACUUCUUAAAUCAUUUCACAGGAGUCAAUGUCAAGCUGUGGACUUGUAGAUGUUAAAAUCUGCAUACUAGGUACUUCCUGUCCAUGAGGUCCAAAGUUUAUUCUUCACCAUCACACAGAAACAACUAUAUUUCAUUGUUAAUUUUUCAUGUAUUUUCGUAACAUGAACCAUGGGCUCAAAGUUAAAUUUAAAAAAAAAUACUAUGCUUGAGUUCCAUUUAUAAGCCUUUAUUAAAUAAACUUUCACCUCAAUAUGCACAACACAUGGUCUACUAAUCUACUAAAACUACUACUAAAACAGUUUCCCUCCGCAAUUCCCAAAACAUUUGGGAAUUGUUUUGCUUGGUCUACGGCAGUAAUUUUUGUUGGCUGGUGAGAUUUUUCCAUCUUCCACAUGAAUGUGCGCCUGAAUCACGAAAUGCGACAAUUGGUCCAAAUCACAAGCGGUCUGUUGAUUUGGCCAUUUCAUGCGGAAAAGUUGCGGUAAUUUAGCAAAAUUUCAAGCUCUCGCAAAUAUUGUGAAGAUUUCUUGAAUUUGUGUUAUUACAAUCGCAAAAUCGCAAUUUCCUGGAGGGACUGAUUAAAGAUGGCAAUGGUUAAGUGCGAUUCUUGAGAUGAUAAAGUUCAAGUAGGAAAUUAAAAAUGGUUGCGUUAAGUUCAAAAUGAGAGAUGGUUGGUUCGGAAGGGUUUGGUGUAGUUCAGGUUAGGAUAAGGGUCUGGAAGGGUGGGAUCGGUAAGACCACAAUAAGAUGCAGCUACUUGAAUGCAGGGUAAUCCAAAAAAAUUCUGCGUUAGCUUAUAGCAUGCUACAGCAUCACCGCAGAGUUUGAGUUAGUGAUCGGUGGACAAUACCGAGAUACCGUCCCUUGUUUCUCUUCAGUUAGAUGUUUCCACAGCAGAAAUAAAUAACCAUCAAACACUUCAUUACAUCUAACUGAAACAUCUGAGUCAUCAACAGUAAAUACAAAGAACAACAGGGUGACUUUGUGUUAUUAUUGGAAACACAAAGAGGGAUACAACAGGAUGCAAUUAGUUCCUCUGGAAACUACGGAACUGGAGUAAGGAAUCUCAAUCUUUUGGUUGAAAAGCUUCACAGGGUAUCGUCCACUCAUCACUAGUCUGUGUGUGGUUAGAAAAUACUUGUACAAACCUCACCGAACCAUGUGACAAAAUAAGGUAGCAAGGUUACAGUUAGUUGAACGAAACAGUUUGUUUACGUAGAGAUGAUGGUCAUGGUAACUGUAACCAUGACUACAAUCAAGAGAUAUAUCAGAGUAUGUGAGGUGGAUGUAAGGGCUGGGUAUCAAAUAUCAAUAGAGUUUUGGUACUGACUGAAAUGCGUAUAUAGCAAUGUGUUGUACAUUACCAACCGAAAAUUGGUAUCAAAUAUAUGAUCGGGAUUGUAAACUUCAUCUUUAAUGAGAUUGCUUUUAAAUUUUGCCAAGCUGAGGUUCAAAGUUAAUUCUUGAGCUCGGAAACAAUUUCACCACAAGGUCUCUCAAAGAUAAUGAACAGGUGAUGUUUGAAAAACUAAAAGCACUUACCGUUGUUUUGACGGUAUUUUCAGAAUCCUCAAAGACUCUUCUAACCGCCUGGGUAAAAAAAUAUUCCGUCCGCUGCACAAUUUUUAACAAUUUUUCAAACACUGUUGGUUAAUUAUCUUUUAGAGAAACUGAUGGUUACCUCAAUACAUGAGGGGAACAAUCCGUUUUCUCAACUGUUGUUUCCAAGAGUCUAGAAACUUUUAAGCCAACAUCCACAGGUUCAGGACAACUUGACAAAUUCCUGCGAUAUGAUUUAAGCUCCAGAACUAAAUUGAUCUUGUCGUGAGAUUGUUUUCUCAACAAAAAUAUGCCAAUUUUCAUCUGGAGUUUUGAAAAGUUUAGAAAAAUGCGUCAACAUUUCUCAAAUUAGGGGAUUUAAAAAAGUUUUGUUUUUUAUUCAUUGUUUAUUUUUAUUGAACAUUUGGGCACAAAGACAAGACACACGCAUGUACAGAAACAAACGAUACAUAGCCAACAACUGCAAAACUAAAUAACACUUAUAUGUUCAU